AUGGGAAAAAAGAAUAAUAAGAAAGCAGGGGGAGACAUUUGGGAUGAUGAGGAUAUGUUAAAUGAUCAACCACAAGCUGAGGAGCUAGGUGCUACUGAAGCUACCACGGAGGGCACUCCAGAACCUGCAGGACCCGAAGAGGCCUCAGCUGACGAUAUUGCUGGAGAUUUUUUAGGAUCCAUUCGUAAAUUAAAGACAAAGAAAGCUAAAAAGGAAGAAGAAAAAGCUAAGGAGGAAAGCAAUGGAGCUGGAGCCAAAAUUUUAUCCAAGAAGGAGAAGGAGAAGUUGAAGAAAGAAGCUGAAAAGCAAAAGAAGAAGGAAUUGGCUCAGAAAAAGAAAGAGCAACAAGCAAGCAAGAAAGAGCAGAUUAAGGAAGCUAACAAACAAAAUGCGGCUUCUUCAUCGGCAUCGGCCACUCCUGAACCCGAAGAAAAUAAAGCUGAAGAAGAGCAAAAACCAAAGCCGGUAAAGAAAGGGAAAAAGGCUCCAGCUGGUCUUGCAGCAUUGAAAAAGCAAUUGGAAUUGAAAAAGCAAAUGGAAGAAGAGCAGCGUAGGUUAGAAGAAGAGGAGGAAGAACGUAGAUUGGAAGAAGAAAAAUUAGCGGCUGAAGAAGAGGCCAAAAAAGAGGCAGCAAAAGCAGCCAAAAAAGAACGUGAUAGAUUGAAAAAGGAGCAACUAAAAGCAGAAGGAAAAUUGUUGACAAAGAAACAAAAAGAGGAAAAAAAGUUACAAGAACGUCGUCGUGCUCAAUUACUACAAGCUGGAAACGUCAUCGUUCCAGGAUUGCAAAAGGACAAUGCUGAUGGGGAAACACCAAAACCGAAAAAGGUUGUUUACGGUAAAAAGAAGUCAACAAAGCCAAAGACCUUUACUCAAAAGCCACAAGAACAUGCCAAGCAGAAGAAGCAAGAAGGUGAUGAAGAGGUGGAAGAGGCUUUAGUCGAUGAUUGGGAGAAGAUGGCUUUGGAUAGUGAUGAAGAAGCAACUGCUGAGCCAGAAAAGGAGGCAAAUGAAGAGAACGACGAAACUGAGGAAGAGGACUCUGAAGAAACUGAAAGACAAGCACAAGAAGAAGCCGAAAGAAAGAGAAAAGCUGAUGAAGAAGAGGCAGCUGCCAAGGCAGAACGUGAAAGACAAGCACAAGAAGAGAAAUCCAAACAACAAAUCCUCUCACAAAAGAAAACAAGUACUCCUCCAGAGAAAGAAUUACGUUCACCUAUUUGUUGUAUUCUUGGUCAUGUCGAUACCGGUAAGACAAAAUUGUUGGACAAAAUUCGUCAAACUAAUGUCCAAGGUGGGGAAGCUGGUGGUAUUACCCAACAAAUUGGUGCUACAUAUUUUCCGGUUGAAGCAAUCAAGCAAAAGACUGCUGUCAUGGCUCAAUAUGAGAAACAAGUAUUUGAGGUGCCCGGUUUAUUAAUUAUCGAUACCCCAGGUCACGAGUCCUUCACAAACUUGAGAUCUCGUGGUUCAUCCUUGUGUAACAUUGCUAUUUUGGUGAUUGAUAUCAUGCAUGGUUUAGAGCAACAAACGAUUGAAUCUAUAAGACUUCUUAGGGAUAGAAAAGCUCCGUUUGUUGUCGCAUUGAACAAGAUUGAUAGAUUGUACGACUGGAAAGCAAUUCCAAACAAUUCAUUCAGAGAUUCAUUUGCAAAACAAUCCAAAUCAGUUCAACAGGAGUUUCACAACAGAUACGGCCAGAUUAAAUUGGCCCUUGCAGAGCAAGGUUUGAAUUCUGAAUUGUACUUUCAAAACAAAAACAUGUCCAAAUAUGUAUCUAUAGUGCCAACUUCAGCAGUAACUGGUGAAGGUGUUCCAGAUUUGUUGUGGUUGUUGUUAGAAUUGACCCAAAAGAGAAUGUCUAAACAAUUGAUGUACUUGUCAAAGAUCGAAGCUACUAUUUUGGAAGUCAAGGUGGUUGAAGGUUUUGGAUACACCAUUGAUGUCGUCUUGUCAAAUGGUAUAUUGAGAGAAGGUGAUCGUAUCGUAUUGUGUGGUUUGAAUGGACCCAUAGCAACGAAUAUUAGAGCUCUUUUAACGCCACCACCAUCACGAGAGUUACGUAUCAAAUCGGAAUACGUUCAUCACAAGGAAGUAAAAGCAGCAUUGGGUGUCAAGAUUGCUGCUAAUGAUUUGGAAAAAGCUGUUGCUGGUUCUAGAUUGCUUGUUGUUGGUGAAGACGAUGAUGAAGAAGAUCUAAUGGAUGAAGUUAUGGAUGACUUGACUGGGUUAUUGGACUCUGUUGAUACCUCUGGAAAAGGUGUUGUUGUACAAGCUUCCACGUUGGGUUCAUUGGAAGCGUUGUUGGACUUCUUGAAGGAUAUGAAGAUCCCCGUUAUGUCAAUUGGGUUGGGGCCUGUUUACAAAAGGGAUGUUAUGAAGGCGGUCACUAUGUUGGACAAAGCACCCGAGUUGGCUGUCAUGUUGUGUUUUGACGUCAAGAUUGACAAAGAAGCCGAACACUAUGCGGAAGAAAACAACAUCAAAAUCUUUAAUGCCGAUAUCAUUUAUCACUUAUUUGAUGCAUUUACUGCUUACCAAAGCAAAUUAUUAGAAGCGCGUCGUAAGGAAUUUAUGGAGUAUGCUGUUUUGCCAUGUGUUUUGAAGACUAUACAGAUUAUCAACAAGAGGAAUCCUAUGAUUAUUGGUGUUGAUGUUAUUGAAGGUGCUGUACGUAUUGGAACUCCAAUUUGUGCUGUACGUCAAGAUCCCGUAACCAAACAGCCAAACAUCAUGGUUUUGGGUAAGGUAACUUCAUUGGAAGUUAAUCACAAGCCUGCUGAUACCGUAAAGAAAGGUCAAACAGCAGCCGGUGUGGCUAUGAGAUUAGAGAACCCAUCUUCAGCUCAACCUACUUGGGGACGUCAUGUUGAUGAGAGUGAUAAUUUGUACUCUUUGAUUACUCGUAAAUCAAUUGACACAUUGAAGGAUCCUGCUUUCAGAGAUACAGUAUCAAGAGACGAUUGGUUAUUGAUUAAAAAGUUGAAAUCAGUCUUUGAUAUCAAGUAA